AUGGCAGACAAUGUGACCCACCACCGCAUUACAUCUUUCUUCCUCGUUGGUGUUCCUGAAUUAGAAAAUUUUCACUGCUGGAUUGGCAUCCCUGUCUGGCUCCUGUUUAUGCUGACUCUGCUGGGAAACAGCAUCAUCAUUGCUACCAUUAAACUAGAACCAAGCCUCCACCAUCCCAUGUAUUUCUUCCUUUGCAUGCUGGCAAUGAACGACAUGUGUCUUACAUCUUCUGCAGCCAUCAAGAUGCUUGGCAUCUUCUGGUUUAAUGCUCACUGGAUUGACUUUGAUGUCUGCCUGACACAAAUGUAUUUCAUCCACACACUUUGUAUUGUCGAGUCAGCCCUCCUGGUGGCCAUGGCAUUUGAUCGCUACGUGGCUGUAUGCAUCCCACUGCAUUAUUCAACCAUUCUUAAAACAUCCUUGGUGAUUAAGUUAGGUAUGGCUGGCAUGACCCGAGCCAUCCUUAUGGUUUUACCAUGUCCUCUUCUAAUUAAUAGGCUGCCGUACUACACAAAAUACAUCAUCAAUCAUGCCUAUUGUGAGCACAUGGCUGUGGUGAAGUUAGCCGAUGCCAACACACUCAUUAACAGAGCUUACGGGAUCUCAGUGGCCCUUUCUGUGUCAGUAUUGGACCUAUGUCUCAUCGGCUUGUCCUAUAUGAAAAUCCUCCAGGCAGUCUUCCGGCUCUCUUCCCAGAAUGCUCGCUCUAAAGCGCUGGGUACCUGUGUUGCACAUGUGUGCACAAUUCUGGCUUUCUACACUCCUGCACUGUUUAGCUUCCUUACUCACCGCUUUGGACAACAGGUAUCUUCAAGUGUCCAUAUAAUUUUGGCAAGUGUGUACCUUCUCCUGCCCCCCACAGCCAAUCCCUUGGUGUAUGGUAUCAAAACCAAGCAGAUUCGUGACCGUGUGUUGGGUCUCUUCUUCCCAAACAAGAAAUCUGAAUUCUAA